AUGAAAGUGGGUGAAGUGUUUUUACCGGAUGACCAGGAUUUUAAACAUUUUAAAAAUGAAUGUACUACAGAUGAUGGAUGGACAGUAUGUUAUGAUAAAUCAGCAUGUCGUGUAGCAACAAAGAAAAAUACUUUAUCCGCAUUUGAUGUUGUUCGUGUUCAAUCAGAAUUUAAUGAUAUAUCAGCGGAAUUACUUUAUGAUGUUUUACAUGAUAGUGAAUUUCGUUCAACAUGGGAUACAGCUAUGUUGGAAGGUGCUGACAUUUGUACAGUCCAACCAAAUAGCGAUAUUGGAUAUUAUUCCAGUUAG